GCGGCACAAAUCUCACAUCACAUUUUGAACUGCGUAGCAUCAGGGGCAUCUUGCACUGUAGUCGUGUGGGGCAAAGUAACCUUAACAUGGCAGAUGUUGAAAUAUUUGACGAGGAGCCAAAGCAAGAGGAAACUACUGAAUCCGCCCAGCCCGAAUCCGAGGAGACACCCAACGUUACAGAAACACCUAAUGGCGUGAAAACAGAUGCUGAUGAAACUAAGCCCCCCAAAGAAAAGCAUGAUGCUAAAGAGAAGUCCUCCAGCAGCCGAAGAGGAAACCGCUACCACCCCUUCAAAGACAAACAUGGUGGAGAAAAGAAGGGCACCCACAGGAACCGGGUGUUCAUCAGCAAUAUCCCCUAUGAUAUGAAGUGGCAAGCAAUUAAAGAUCUAAUGCGGGAGAAAGUUGGUGAGGUUACAUACGUGGAGCUCUUUAAGGAUGCAGAAGGAAAGUCAAGGGGUUGUGGUGUGGUGGAGUUCAAAGAUGAUGAGUUUGUGAAGAAGGCGAUAGAAACAAUGAAUAAGCAUGACUUGAGUGGAAGACCACUCAAUAUCAAGGAGGACCCUGAUGGGGAACAUGCGCGGCGUGUGCUGCAGCGCAUGGGAGGAGGACAACAGGGAGGUCGUGGGCAGGACAUGGGGCCUGGUGGGAUGAACAUCCCACCCUCCAUUGCCAACAACCCCAACAUCCCACCUGAGGUCAUCCAUGCACUGCAGGCUGGACGACUGGGCACCACAGUGUUUGUUGCCAACUUGGAUUUCAAGGUGGGAUGGAAGAAGCUGAAGGAGGUGUUUGGCAUGGCAGGUGUGGUGAAACGAGCAGAUGUAAAGGAGGAUAAAGACGGCAAGAGCCGUGGGAUGGGAACAGUGACUUUUGAGCAGCCACUGGAGGCUGUGCAGGCCAUAUCCAUGUUCAACGGACAGAUGUUGUUUGACAGACAGAUGCACGUUAAAAUGGAUGAGAAAUCUAUUCCCCCUGAUGAUUUCCGUCAAGUAGAAAAAACACCUCAGUUACCACGGGGUCUUGGGGGUAUUGGCAUGGGACUGGGGCCAGGAGGGCAACCUAUAAAUGCCAAUCGUCUGAGUGGAGGAGGAGCAGGCAUGGGCUCCAUGGGGCAUGGAGGUAUGGAUUCCCAAGGGUAUGGUGGAAUGAACAGACUUGGAGGAGGAAUGAGCGGUGGCAGUGGCUUUGGGGGCAUGGAUAACAUGGGCAACAUGGGUGGCUUUGGAGGGAGAGACAUGGCGCCUGGCAGGAUGGGAGACAUGUACCGGUCAGGAAUGGGUGGAAUGGAUCGUGACUUUGGCCACAGUGACAUGCCAAUGAACCGAGGGUUUGGUGAUUCUUUUGGAGGAAUGGGAGGAGGUUUUGGAGGAGGCAUGGGCAGCGGUGGCAUGGGACACAUGGGGACUGGAUUAGGUGGUGGGAUGGGAAACAUGUCGAUGGACCGGAUGGGCUCCGGCUUUGACCGGAUGGGCAUGUCAGGAAUGGACAUGAACCGUGGUUUUGGAGGCUACGGAGGCAUGUCGGACAGAGGCUCCGGAUCCAAAGGAGGCUGUCAAAUCUUUGUGCGAAAUCUGUCCUAUGAUCUGACAUGGCAAAAGCUGAAAGAGAAGUUCAGUCACUGUGGCCAGGUAAUGUUCGCAGAGAUCAAGAUGGAGAAUGGAAAGUCGAAGGGCUGCGGAACAGUGAGAUUCGACUCUCCGGAGAGUGCUGAGAAAGCCUGCAGGAUGAUGAAUGGAACCAAGAUCAACGGCCGAGAGGUGGACGUCCGCAUCGAUCGGAACGCCUAGAGCUUUUGUAGAAGUCACACUAACACACUUCCACAUUCAGCACACUUUGCCAAUGACCUUUUGUUUUGUUUUAAAAACACAAUUACUUCAUAUCUCCAUGUGUCCACUGUUUUUUUUCUGUUUAUAUAUACUUCAUAGCUCUUUUAUCUUUGUUUUGUAAACCCUUUUUAAUUUGUCAGGCAGUUUAUUUGAACAAAUAAACUU